CUCUGUCCCGUCGCGGGACUUUUGCCCUCCAGUUCCCGGUUCCCUCAGGCGGCCUCCCCAGUGGGCACAAGCCCAGGCGCCGUGCCCCGCGCUCCCUCCCUCUGCCCUUCACUUCCCAGCUGCCAAGAUCUUGGAAGCUUUGAAGCUCAGAGAAGAAGGAAAAUCCAUUGAGAACAGUCUGUAAAGGUUGCGUGGACACUCAUUUUUCUUAAACACCUGUCUCCUCUGCCUAGCAAGGCUGACUCCUUGCUGCCCUCUCAUUGUGGUCUGUCUCAGUGUGCGGAGACCCUGCAGCUGAGCGUCCCAGGUGCUGUAUAAUUCUCAAGAUGGUAGGGUUGACGGAUUUUAAUCAGGCUUCAACUGUGAAGAAAUGUCAUUCCGAUUUGGCCAACACCUCAUCAAGCCCUCUGUGGUUUUUCUCAAGACAGAACUGUCCUUUGCUCUUGUGAACAGGAAACCUGUGGUACCAGGACAUGUCCUCGUGUGUCCCCUUCGGCCGGUGGAGCGUUUCCGAGACCUGCGUCCCGAUGAGGUGGCGGAUUUGUUUCAGGCGACCCAGAGGGUCGGGAUGGUGGUGGAGAAGCAUUUCCAGGGGACUUCUCUCACAUUUUCCAUUCAGGAUGGGCCUGAAGCUGGACAGACUGUGAAGCAUGUUCACGUCCACAUUCUUCCGAGGAAGGCUGGAGACUUUCAAAGGAAUGACAGCAUCUAUGAUGAGCUCCAGAAACAUGACAAGGAAGAGGAGGACGCCCCAACCUUGUGGAGGUCCGAGGAGGAAAUGGCAGCAGAAGCCGCAACCCUGCGGGCCUACUUUCAGUGACUGUGCAGGCAUGAAAGUAACUUGAACAAAUCCCAAGGCAUAAGGAAAUGGGCCUCUUUCUCUAGGACUCUGCGGCAUUGGAAAUGAAGCUAAGCAGAUUUUAUUACAUCCUACAAUUCUGCAACCUUUUGCAAAGCAUUUUAUUACACUUGUGGAAGCCAUCGGGGUUACGUUUCAAUCACGAUGACUGACAGGCUAACUUCAAUAAUAACAGCAUCGACAGCCCUUCCACACUUCCUGGGCUAUGUACUUAGAAUAGAACCUUUUCUAAAUUGUCCCUUGGCCUGGAUGGAAAUAAAACGGUAGUUAAAAU